AUGCAAUCAAUCCAGUCUAUAGACAUUUUAAGAGGACAUUGUGACGAUAUUUCUGGUGUUCGAUCAAAAAUUGUACGCGUUUUUCUGAGUUCGACAUUUUCAGACACACUUAUUGAACGAGACUCGUUGAUUGAUACUGUUUUUCCUAAACUGAAAGAUUAUUGUCGAGAAAAGUGUCGUCUUGAAUUUCAGUAUGUUGAUAUGCGAUGGGGAAUUCAAACAGAAUCAAGUAAUAAUCAUAGUGAAGUUCAGAUAUGUCUACAUGAAAUUGAACUAUGUAAAAAAUAUUCAAUUGCUACAAAUUUUGUGGUUUUGCUAAGUCAUCGUUACGGAUCUCGACCAAUACCUGCAACCAUUCCUGCAACGUUGUUUGAAUUACUAUACAAAGUUCUUUGUUCAAAUGACAAUGAUAAAGAUGAUGCUCAACUAGUUGCUCAAUGGUAUCAACUCGAUUCGAAUUGUGUGCCAUCGAUUUAUGUACUUCGUCCAAUUUCAUCGGUGUUAUCAGACAUACUAUCAUCAGAUAGAGAAAAAAUGAAAGAAGCCGAACGAGAAUGGAGAAAACUGAGUAAUCGUCUUCGUAUUUGUCUUCGUAAAACAGCAACCAAAUGUUUUGAAAGAGGACAGAUUCAAAAAGAUGAAUAUGAUCAUUUUUUUAUAUCAAUUACAGAGAAAGAAAUCGUCGAAGGUAUUCUAAAAGCGUCCGAUGCAAAUCAACGUACAUUAUGUUUUUUACGCGAAAUUGAAGAUAUUCACGAUCAUUUAUCUGAUAGUAAAGCACCAAAAUAUAUUGAUAUAGAUUAUUCUGCAGAUGGAAAAGCAAUAGUCGAUAGUGAAGCUGAAAAUUUACUUAAUAAUUUAAAAUAUUCUCGUAUACCAAACGGAUUACAAUCAUCAAAUAUAUAUUCAUAUAAAGUUCAUUGGACAUCUAAUGGAAUUAAUCGACAAGAUCAUGCCGCAUAUAUUGAUCAAUUUACUAAAGAUUUUUUUCAUGCAAUUAAAGAACAAAUUGAUCGCUGUGUUCAAUCGCAUAUUUCGAUUGUUUCUGAUCCAUUACAACAUGAAAUACUAGAACAUGCAAUUCAAUGUAAAACAUAUGUAACAAAGUUUCAUGGCAGAAUCGAUGUUCUUCAUCGAUUAGAAGAAUAUGUAAUGAAUGAAACAGAAAAUCGUGCGUGCAUUGUAUAUGGAGAUUCGGGUUGUGGAAAAACAAGUGUAUUAGCUAAAACUGCGAUUGAAGUCUUGAAAUGGUGGCCAAAUCGAUCUGUUUCAGUGAUUCUACGUUUUCUCGGAACAACACCUUCUUCAUCAACUAUUUAUAAAACAUUUCUUUCAAUAUCUGAACAAAUUUGUAAAUUAUACAAUUUAUCAAUGGAAAUCUAUCCUGAUGUUCUUCAAUUACGACAUCAAUUAGAAACGAAUUUGUUUCUUCAAAUUCCUCCAAAUGAAUAUCUUAUAAUUUUACUUGAUUCAAUUGAUCAACUUGAAACAGAUGCAUAUGAUUGUCAGUGGUUAACAAAAUCUUUUCCAAAAAAUAUUAAAUGUAUUAUUUCAACGUUACCUAAUCAUGGUAAUAUAUUAUCAAAUUUGAAAUAUCUCAUCAAUUAUAAUCAAUCAUCAAUAGAAAAUAUUCAACAUUUACUCAUUUUCGUUCCACCAUUCGAAAUAGAAACUGUAGAAAGAAUUUAUAAUACAUGGUUAAAAGUAAAACAACGUUUAUUUGUUCGACAAUGGAUGAAAGAACAAAUUGAAAUAAUACCUUUAUUUAUGAAACUUGUUUUUGACAUAAUAUGUACAUGGCAUUCUUAUGAUACAAUUGAUGAUCAAUUGAAAACAUGUCGUACCGUCGAUGAUUGUAUUCGAUAUCUAUUUAAUCAUCUACAAAGUAAACAUAGCAGUAUUUUAUUUCGUCGUGCACUUUCUUAUAUGACUGCUUGUCAAAAUGGUAUUAGUCAAAAUGAAUUAGAAGAUGUACUUUCACUCGAUGAUGAUGUCCUUAAAGGUGUUUUUGAACAUUAUAUCCCACCUAUUCGACGUUUACCAGGAAUUUUAUGGACAAGAAUUCGAAAUGAUAUGGAUGAGUAUAUAAUGGAAAAAGAAGUCGAUGAUUCAACAUUUUCAUUUAUUUCUCUUGUUUAUAUUCAAAUUAUCGCAUCUUUGAAAUAUUUCCAUUUCGAUCGUUUCGAAGUAUACUAA